GCGUUGUGAUGGAUGCAAAUUGUUGUUAAUCUAUCGACAAAAAGAUGGUACACAUUCUUUGGCAAAACAUAAACGUUCGUGUCAAGGUGGUGAAAUAGAAGGAGGCACAAGUUCACUUAAUCAAACAAAAGUAACUGAGUUUUAUUUGUCAUCAAAAACAUAUAAUGCACCAAAAAAACUUAAAGAAAAAGUCAAGCUGGCUUGUACCGAAUUUAUUGCACUUGACUCUCGUGCUUUUGAGUUGUUAUCUGGAGAAGGUUUUUCAAAUAUGGCCCAAUCUAUUUUUGAUGCUGGUAAACAUUUUAAUCCAACUUCGAAUAUCAAUGUCAAAGAAUUUAUUCCAUCACCAGUAACGAUUAGUCGUCAUAUCGACAACUUAUAUGAGAAAAAAAAAUCUGAAUUAGUACAAUUUUGUUCCAAUAUGAAAACUUAUUGUAUAAUUUGCGAUUUCUGGACAGAAAGAUUUACAGGUCUUUCGUAUUGCGGUUUGGCAUUACGACAUGUAUCAGUUGAUUUCAAAUUAUAUAAUUUUAUUCUUGGUUGUGUUUUAUACGACGUUGAAUCACAAUCAG